AGGGCAGAAUGGUUAAACCGGCUGGUGUAAGAGAGGCUCAGACGGGAAGUGUAACUGAUAGGAUACAACCUCAUCCACUUGUAGACGAUAAGGGAAACUGGCUAAAGGUUCGGUUAUAUGAUUGCAGGGGUCUUCACAUAAAGAAUGGAAUGCAUAAUGAUGACCUUGCCUUUCUCAUAGAUGGUCACAUAAAAUCGGGCUACAAGUUUGACGUAGAGCAUCCAAUUAAAGAGGGUGAUCCAUAUUAUCGGACAGAGGCCACACUAAGUGAUAAAAUGCAUUGUGUUGUAUAUGUUGCAAACAGUUCUAAUCCUAUGGGAGGUUUAGCUGAUGACGUUGCGAAGGAUCAAAUCAUGAAAAUUCAGAAAACCAUCACACCUUUAUGUAAGUUUAACUAG